CACCUAAAGGCGCCGAACGACAACAUUGUGACCUUCAUUUAGCCGUAGCAAAUGAGAAACUGGCCGGACCAAAUUCUAGGGGGAAGGGCCUGGUCGAUUUCCCGCUCUGUUCAAAGUAACGAAUGUGUAUCUUUGCAUUAAAAACGGAUAUUCAUAAUACAUAGUGAUAUUGCGUUCAAACAAAGACUCCUAAAAUUCUCGCUUUCUUUAGUCUUAAUACCUGGUCAUCUGAGUAAGAAUGUCUACAAAGGCUAGACGCCGUCUUAUGAACGAUUUCAAGAAAAUUCAACUUGAUCCCCCUCCUGGUGUAUACGCUGUUCCACUUGAUGACAACAUAAUGAAAUGGCAUGCAAUUAUUUUGGGGCCGGAUGGCACAGCAUUCGCAGACGGUAUAUUUCGGCUAACAAUGGAGUUCACCGAGAACUAUCCUAACGUCCCACCGAUUGUGCGAUUCGUUUCCAAAAUGUUUCAUCCUAAUGUGUAUAGUGAUGGUAGUAUAUGUUUGGAUAUAUUGCAAAACAUGUGGUCUCCGUCAUAUAACAUUGGAGCAAUAUUAACAUCAUUACAAUCACUUUUGGGGGACCCGAACCCCAACUCUCCUGCAAAUACGACAGCAGCAGAAUUAUUUGAAGAAGACAAACGCCAGUAUGAAACACAAGUCCGAGCCAUUGUUGAGGAAUCGUGGCGAAACGAUGAACCUGUUGAUUGACUUAGUACUGUAUUUGAGCACUUGAUUUAUGUACCUGUAAAUAAUAUUAAUUUCUGAAGUGUACCAGUUCUUAUAACAUAAUGUAUGAAUAACAUAUUAUCUAAGACGUAGUUUACGUA